UCCCUGAGUCCCGGCGCUUGCUGCAGGUAGCGCUAUAUAAAGCUCCCCAUUGCCGCUGUGUGCGUUUGCGAGAGACACAGCUGACACCAGCCAGAAGGGGUUCAGAAGUCAGCAGUGCUUUAGAAGGACGAGUUAAAUUCGGAACCAUAUCAAUGGACACUGAUCAGCACUCUCUUUAAAAAGAGGUCUGGAUUAUAAACAAUUCGCUUGCAUUUAUUUCCUUCUGCAUACACUUGUAUUGGCUGCCGGUCGGAGAGUUUUUAAAGGAUCCUCUUCAUUGUUUACCAUUAACCAACCAUCUCUAGAUCAUAAUUUAGGAGAAACCCUUUGCGGGGGUCACGGAGAGACCAGGCCUGGUACACCCUCCACGUGCCCCAACCCUUUUCCUUGGUUUGGAGCCAGUCUUCUUCUUGGUUCUUCAGUGUUUGAGUAGUGUUAUUAUGGUGUACCUCAAGGAGCACGAGGCGCCGCCCCUCUCGCCCAUCCUAUCCCACCUCUACUUGGGAGCCUUAAGUGAUGUCAAUGAAGAGGUGCUGCAAGCUUUGGGGAUCUCGCAUGUGAUGAAUGUGAGCCGGUCAUGCCCUCAGCCCCCCUUCCUUCCAGAAGCACACUUCCACCGAGUGCCAAUCAAUGACUCUCACAGUGAGGACUUGCUUCCCUUUCUGGGUGGAGCACUGGACUUCAUUGACCUGGUACUCUCUCAGCAUGGCCGUGUGUUGGUUCACUGCCUGGCUGGGGUGUCUCGAUCAGCAGCCGUUGCCAUAGCCUACACCAUGCGUCACCUGGGAAUGACACUGGAUGAAGCCUACAGAUAUGUUAAAGAAAGGCGACCAUCCAUUUCACCCAAUUUCAACUUCCUUGGUCAGCUCCAGCAGUUCCAGUCAAUGCUGAGUCAGGACGUCAUUGCACCCCCCCAGAAUCUGCCUGUGGUUCAUUUGUCUGAACCUGCAUCCACCCACCAACCAUGGGAGCCUCAGACCACCGGAGACUUGGCUACAGGACAGAAACUGCUUUUGUCCAUCCCAAAGGCUCGCCUUCUCCACCGUCGGCAGCAUCACAAGAGUCCAUCGUUUCUUUACUGCCUUGAGCAUAAAGCAGAAAAAAUCGAGCAGGCAGUGGACCCAAACAACAAUGUUUCAGACCUGGAGCUGGCACUCGAUGCCUGCACCAUCGCAGAAGAUGACACCGGAAGUUUGGAGGAGAAAAGUACAGAAGACCCCACACUGUCUCCCCCAAAACAGCCCCUAAGUAAACAGGACACCACACCACUGUCCCUGAGUCUUUCUCGGGUGUUCAACUGGGGUGAGCGCAUUCUGCUUGGUGUUGUCAUGGGUUCAAAGGUUACGGGGUUAACCAGAGAGCAGGAGGGUACAAAAGCCUGCAAUUCAGAAUCAAACAGCCCACCUAGGGAGUGCAGGGCAGGGGAGAGUGAGCCGAGGCCGCGGCCCUUUGUUCUCAGCAUGCCCACAUCCAAACACCAAAUUUUUGCAGAACGCCACCUGUCAGCCAGGAGUCACCGAUCAAAUCCAGACCCGCAGAAAAAAUAAGAGACAGACUUUUGCGUUUUUUUAAUUAUGUUUUUUCAACUUUUUCAUGUGGAAACCUUUCCGGCUAACUCUGCCUGCAUGAACAUGUAAAACAGAAAAAAAGAAUAUUUAUUUUUUUACAUCUCCAAGGGAGACAGUGGUUCAUGCCUGCACCUCAGCACGCUUGGGGAUUUGCACAAACCAAAAAGGAAAAUGCCUCCUUCCUCAAAAAAACCUCCUGACCCUGUGGGCUGAUAAGGCAUGCCUGGCAACUGAAUAAAAUGGAAACCUUUUAUACAAGUUGUGCUAAUGUGUCAUUUCUUAUAACAUUUUAGCCAGCCAUGAACACAAUUGUCCUCCCUCCCAGUAAUGCCUGUCUGUCAAGAUGUGAGUCUGUGGAUACAAUAACUCAAAAGCGAAGCUCCAAUCUGAAUGAAACUCAGCACAGUUAUUGCCACUGAGAAAUGCUUAAAGUCACUUGAGUUGGAGAAAAACCACUCCGCCAGAUUAUGACAUCGUAUGUUGUGGUACAUUUAUAUGUGUGUGUGAUAUCAGCUGAUUUCUGUCUGUCCACCAGAUACAAUUAAAUGAAGCUUGCCAGGUACAAGAAGGUUUGCUACAAUUAAAGGAACUUUUCCUCACUUAGAGGUAAACACCGGACCAAUAAUACAUGAGUAGGCCAGCUCAUGCAUGUCGACCUCAACUUUAGUUUUCAACAGAUUUGUGCAUUUUCUGGCAACACCGAACAAGAGCUACUGACUGUCUGCGUGUCUGGAUGCGAGUCUGUGGACAUGACAACUC